GGUUGGCUAUAGGUUAAUUAAAUGUUGAAUUAGGCAUUAUGAGGUGGAAACUCCCAACUGUCAAAACAUGAAGGUUUCUUCUCUGACAUCAUACAAUUUCUUUAGAAAAGAUUUUUUUUUGGCCCAGGGUGUAACAUCUCACUCUGAAUUGUCACCCAGCAGAGGUGUCUGUGUGUGUGUGUGUGUUUUCUGUUCCUUAUUCAGACUUUCAGUUAACUCUGUUUUUAGUUGCUCAUUUUGCCUCUUCCCUCUGUAUCCUGUGUAUCAGUACUCCAAGCCUCAGCUUUAUCCUGCUGCAUUAGUUACCAUUCAUCUUCUAUCUAUAUUCCACGUUCCAGAAUUUUGUUGAAAUCUCUCACCCUCUGAUGGACUCUCCUGCUCUAGAUAUGAGUUUAUAUGUUCUUUUUAUUCCUUUACCAUCAUUUUGGUGGAGUCUUGAGGAGAGGAGAUAAAUAUAUUCAUUCGCCACCUUUAAUCAGACUGCUUACUUUUAGAAGUGUUUGUGUUACAAACUUCCCCCUCCUGUAAAUUUGGUCUUGUGAAUAGUGUAAACUUUCUAUCUAGAAGAUUAAAGAAGUGAUUCUCUAUAUGAUUAUGGAAGUAAGGUUCAGAUAACUUUGGAUGGUUUAAAGUUUCCUACUGAGUAAUCUGGAAAGUACUAAAGAUACUGCUCAGGGCAGUGUGAGGUAAACUCUCUCUUCAUGGCUUCAGAAGUCUGGUUACUUAUUUACAACUGGGAUAAGAUAAAUAGUCAAAUAACUAGAGAAUUUCUACAAACCACUUGUAAAGUUAAGUUUUUAUCCCGCUACCAAACCAUGUUCCCCUGCAUAUCUAAACCUUUGAUUACCCUAGACUUCCAACAUCUGGAAGAGAACAAGCUGCAGUGUCACACAGGCAGGCCCCUCCUAAGUCCUACUCACUCACAAAGAAUUUCCCCUUUGAGCUUCUAUGACACUGGCUGGUUACUCACAUCACAGAUACCUCAGGAUUGGUUGGGACUGCAAAUGAAACACUGUUUGCCCAUAAUCAAGUUGAUAAGCUACAACAUAAAUGCACGCAAGUUCCUAUUCUUAGACUAUAACAUGAAGCAUUUGCUCUCUUCUUUCCUCUUAACAUUUUCAUGCAAGACCUGGAGAGGAAACACUGGCUCCAGCGAAAAGAAAAGGUCUUCAAAGAAAAAAAAAAAAAGCCUAAAAUGGGUCUAUUGAAUUCUAAAAACCCCAAAGCCAAGCAAGCCCAAAUUCUUCUUCUGGGACUUGACGCUGCUGGGAAGUCUACUCUCCUUUACAAAUUAAAGCUUGCUAAGGAUAUUGUGACCAGCCCAACAGUAGGUUUCAACGUGGAGAUGAUUGAGUUGGAAAAGGGUGUUCCACUUACGGUCUGGGAUGUUGGAGGACAGGAAAAAAUGAGAACUGUGUGGGGCCUCUACUGUGAGAACACCGAUGGCUUGGUAUAUGUUGUAGACAGUACAGAUACACAGCGACUGGAAGACUCCAGGCGAGAAUUUGAGCAGAUUUUGAAGAAUGAGCACAUUAAAAAUGUGCCUGUUAUCCUGUUAGCCAACAAACAAGACGUGCCUGGUGCUCUGAGUGCCAAGGACAUCACCAGAAUGUUCAAAGUGAAGCAACUCUGCAGUGACCGGAACUGGUACGUGCAGCCCUGCUGUGCUGUCACCGGGGACGGGCUGAUGGAGGGGUUCCGGAAGUUAACUGGAUUUGUGAAAAGCCACAUGAAAUCAAGAGGAGACAUAUUAGCAUUCUUCAAGCAAAACUGAGGUCCAAGUGGGGAAAGAGAUGCUGAUGAAGUUGAAAGGGUAAUUUUUUCUCCAGGCCAAGUGAGAAAAGCAAGUUGCUGAGUUGGUAAACUUUUCCUGAAAUGUUAUUUCACCUAAAUUCCAUUAAACAACUCAGAAUAAUAUCUAGAAAAUAUUAUCUGGGGCCAGGCACUUUAGCAAACUAUGUAGUAAUGAUAAUUGAGAAUGAAAAUUUUACAAUUUCGUGCAUGUUGGAUGAUUCAGAAUAAUCAUAUUUGAGACCAAAUAAAUUCUUGCCUUAUUAUUUUUAUAUUACUGGAAAAAGUUUAAGUAAUAGAGUCAGAAUUCUUCUGCUAAUAGAGUCAGAAUUCUUUCAGACUGUUUCCAGCUGUUACAGGUAUUGAAUUUCCACCAUGCUCCUGUGUAAUAGCUGGGUGGUGUAAAAAAUCGAACUUUAAAUUAUGAAGAGGAAAAUGUUUGAUGUUAAUAUUUUGUAAAUCCCUAUCACCUAAAUAAAGGGUUUUUGUUUUUGUUUUUUUCUGCUUUCCUGCUAGCUUUUUGAAAUCUAUUGCUAGGAACUUCUUACAAUGAGUCAAAUAAUGAACUCUAGGCUGUUAAUUGCCCAGAGGCUGUGUUCUCCUAUAGGGAGAAGUUUGUAUCUUAAAGCUCUGGGGUCAGGGUAGCAGCUUAGACUUUAGGGCAAGGUCUGGGCUUAUCGCUUAGCUGGAUGCUGCAAUCCCAAGACCGGCUUCAGUAAAAUUCAAUAUAACAGUUAUUACUUGGGAACAUACGUACAGCUCACUGUACUGAUCAAACAGGAACCAGAGCCAGACUUUGCUCUCAGACACCUAGCAAUUCACAGGGGAAACAACACAAAGCCAGUAGCUAGAACAGGGGAAUAAGUACCAAGUGCUAUAACAGGAGAAACUCUUUCUGACCUGGAGAAAUAAGAAGUGCUUCGUGCAGGAGUGGUGUUUAAGAGAGUCCCCAACUCCUGGGGACCCCACUGAAGAUGCAGGUUAGUCAGUGGAAGUUCCCAUCACCAGGAGACUCUCCAGAGACACUGUGGGGUGAGGCAAGGAGGGGAGAAGGAACUGGAGAUUGAAUUGCAAUUCCCGAGAGGCUCAGAACACCCAGGGAGGCCCUGGUACUAACAGAAGACACUCUUUCCUCCUAGCCCACGUCCAAUAAGGCUCAUCCGGGCUAGAAGCAGGCCCCAAAACCCCACUACA